AUGGCUCAGAGCUUGUUGAUUUUGUUCGUCUACUCGGUGUGGGCAGCCUGGUCGUUACCAUUGACGCUUGCGACCGCGGUGGUGGCCGCAGACAUGCGAGGAGGAGAGCGCUGCCCUCCCCUGCUAUGCGGCAACAUUACCAUCUCCUCCCCGUUGGGGCUCGUCCCGGAGCAGGCGUCAGAGACCAACUGCGGGGUGCUCGGGUUCCAGGUCCUUUGCCCGAACAACACCCCGUACCUAGGGUACUAUGAGGGUUCUUAUUGGUUUCAAAUCCUCAACAUCUUCUACGACAACGCCUCCUUGGUCAUCGCUGAUGUCCACAAGCUUCAAUACUUCAAUAGCUACGGCUCCAAAAGCUGCCACAGCCCGAAGUCCAACAGCUCCUCCAAGCUUGGAAAUAGCCGUCUCCCAGCUUCGUCGCCCCCGCCGCUCCUGCACGCCGCCGCCGCUCGCGAGCUGCGAGCUCGCGCACGCCUCAUCAUCUACAACUGCACCGGCGCCUGGCGGGGGAACCUCAUCUUCUACAACUGCACCGGCGCCUGGCGGGGGCCUUGUGGAGACGACAUGCCGCAACAGAACAUAUCGAUAGCUACGACCCAAACAACACAACCUGAGCAGCAAGGCUGCUCGCCCAAGGAAUGCGGGGGCCUGGACAUCCCCUAUUCGUUCUGGCUAGAGGAGCCCGGCCGGCCGUCUUGCGGGCCGCCGUCCUUCCAGCUCAAGUGCAACAGCAGCGGCGUUUCCUGGAAAACUCCCAUGUUCCAGUACUAUCGGGUGCUCAACAUCUUCGUCGACAACAGCUCCUUCCAUGUGGUCGACGAUAACCUCCCACUCGCCACCGGCUGCCCGGCGCCGUCGUUCAACAUCACCUCUGGUAUCGGGUUGGGGCCAUUCCUCAUCAGCAAAGCCAACAAAGUGCUCAUCUUCCUCUACAACUGCACCAAGCAGGAGGCGGAACCACCGGGAUUUCGCCCUAUGUCUUGUCCAAAGGAAUCGUUCGUUCGCCUAGACGACGAGUUCGACGGCCACCGCAUCCAGCGGGAAAUACCGCCGGGCUGCCGCUUCUCAGUGGUUCCAACACUUGGGGCUCCUGAUGGGAAUGGGGACGACUACGUUGGCAGCAUGAAGCACGGGUUUCUCCUUGAGUGGACGGGGGUGUCAGGGGAUUGCCCCGAAUGCAUGGCAAGCGGCGGGAAAUGCAUGUACAGCGACAACGGCCUGGGUUUAUAG